AUGGGUGGUCCAGCACCAGAAGCUCCUAAAAAGCACUACCCACCUCGCAUGUGCCGCAUCUGUCUGGACACCGUGCUACCUACUUUCUACCCUCCCCCCGAAAAUAUCCCCGCGUUCCUCCAACCUCAAGCCCGAGUGGUCUAUGAGUCUUCAGAUCCGGAGCUCGGCCGACUUCUUCGUCCAUGCAAGUGCAAAGGCUCCUCACGUUACGUUCAUGAGGGCUGCCUCCAGUCCUGGCGACAUGCAGAUCCGGGUUAUGGCAAGAGGAAUUACUGGCAUUGUCCCACCUGCGGCUUCCAGUACCGGCUCGAGCGACUUACUUGGGCGCGCUGGAUCAGUAGUACUUUUGCCCAGUUUGGGUUGACUUUGACCAUACUGGUUUUUACCGUGUUUCUUCUUGGAUUUGUUGCUGACCCCAUCAUUAAUCUUUACGUGGACCCCAUGGAAACUAUCUACUACUCGGAAUUCUGGGAUACGACGGUCUCCGAUGCUCUACCGGCUGAUCGGAGGGCUUCCUGGUUUGAGCAUUUUGUCAAAGGCCUUGCAUCAUUGGGCGUGCUGUCUUUUAUCAAGGCUCUCUUUGCAUUAUCCCCGUGGCAAUGGUGGAACCUCCGCAGCUCGGGGGUUGUUAGUAGUGGCAGAAGCACUGGCAGAAGCCGUGUAGCCUCUGUAAGCUGGGUGGUUAUCUUGAUUGGCGUCAUGACUUUUCUCUGGGCUGUGUAUAAAGGCGUAAGGAGUUGGAGCCGGAGGACGUUGGAAAAGGCCGGGGAACGUGUCAUGGAUGUCCCGUUGCCGGACGACGAUGUUGACAACGAUGAUGUGUCGUCUGCUGAAGCCCCCGAACAACGUAGGAAAAAUGAUUGA